UCUGCCAAUAUUACAAUACAAGAAGUUUAUCUGAUGUUAUUAAAGAAUUUUCAGAAAGAUCAGCAAUGUCAAUUCGAGAAAAAAUGCAUCAGAGGCUAUUGAACAUUUCUACAGAAGAAUUUAACCAAAAGAAUAAUAAAUAUAAAAUGGUUUCCCAAAACAUACUUACUCAGAAAAACUCUAAACAUUCCAGUUGGAGAAAAGAUAUCAAUAGUAUUUCAAUUUUAUUUUUUCUUUAUGUUCUUCAAGGUGUUCCUUUAGGAUUAGCAGGUAGCAUACCAAUGUUACUUCAGAGUCGCCAAGCUAGUUACCGAGAUCAAGCCUUGUUCAGUUUUGUUUAUUGGCCAUUCAGUCUAAAACUGUUUUGGGCACCCAUUGUUGAUUCUAUUUUCAUUUCAUCACUGGGCAGGCGUAAAUCUUGGCUUGUUCCUUGUCAGUAUCUCAUUAGUAUUUUUAUGAUCUUUCUCUCCUACCAUAUAACAGACAAUCUUGGUGACAAAAGCACACCUCCAAAGAUAUAUUUUUUGACUUUUAGCUUCUUCAUUCUUAACUUUUUGGCUGCAACACAAGAUAUUGCUGUGGAUGGCUGGGCACUGACUAUGCUAUCUAAGGACAAUGUUGGCUGGGCAAGUACUUGUAAUUCGGUUGGACAAACAGCUGGAUAUUUUCUUGGAAAUGUACUAUUUCUAGCUUUAGAAUCUCCAACAUUUUGCAAUAAAUACCUUCGUUCUGUUCCUUCAUCAGAAGGAAUUAUUACUUUGGCAGGUGAGUCCAUAUUUUUUCUAUUUUACAAUGUUUUAUUAUUCAUUGCAUUAUUGGAAGAUUAUCUUCAGUAUAGUAAUUCAAGGGGAUACUCU